GUCAGUAACAGAGAGUUGAGGACGCCAUGUGCUAUUGAGGGAGAAGGACCAGGAUUGACAGGCUACACUGUGAAUUGUAAAUAUCUAUAGGAGAUCCGGGGGCACAAAUAAUAAACAUGUACUGCACGAGACAUUGCAUUCGGACCGCACUGCGAAUCGCCGCAAAGACACAUCGGCAGGAGCUCCAGACACCAACGCUAUGUGUCCUCCGAGCACUUGGGACCAGCCCAGCCAGCCUUUCUGAUGUCAUCGCCACCCCCCCUCUGGAUGGAGCCCCCAAAGCGUACCCCCCCAAAAUCACCCAGCUGGUACACGACAUCACCAGCCUCACCUUGUUAGAGGUGUCAGACCUCAAUGAGCUCCUCAAGAAAACCCUGAAUAUCCAGGAUGUUGGGAUGAUGCCAAUGGGAGCCAUGACUGCAGCAGCAGCACCUGCAGCUCUGGCAGUGGAAGAGGACAUGGUACCAGUCAAGAAAGAGAAGACACACUUCACAGUGAAACUGACAGAACUGAAGGCAGCAGAGAAAGUGAAACUCAUAAAAGAAGUGAAGAACUGCAUCCAAGGCUUGAACCUGGUGCAGGCUAAGAAGUUGGUUGAGUCCCUCCCCCAGGAGAUCAGAGCCAAUGUGUCCAAAGAGGAGGCGGAGAAGCUGAAGACGGCCCUGGAGACAGCAGGAGGCACUGUGGUGCUGGAGUAAACCGUCCCUCCUCUCUCCCUCCCUGCCUCCACCCGACUGACCCCGAUCCACCGUCUGGCUGCGGUUACUCCCGUCUUCUGACUAUCUGUUUUAUACAGCAGUUAAAGAACAAAGGAACCAAUACCUUGGAAAAGGAAACUAAAAUAUUGCCUUUUGACAACGUCGCUGUACCAGCUACCAACUGGACGGUGUGAGGCGGGGCGGGAGAAACUAACUCAGACUGAACUCCUCAGGCUCAGAGCCUGAACACACCCGCCCGCCGCCCGGCCGCUCGUCAAUUUACUCCCCCAUUUGUCUUGUUUGUUCUGGCUGGCUCUGUCCCGAUUCUCCAUCCUUCUCCCAAAGUGUGCACUUCUCUUGCGUUCUUUCUCGCAUUGAUUCAACAAUGGUGGAAACUCAAACUCCCUCAAGCCAAUGUUUACAUCAGCUCCAUGUUUAAAAUUCCAUGACUGGGAAUAUGAGGGCACAGUACAGGAGAAGGGUGGAUAAUGGGUACUUUUGCCCAUCUAUCAGUCUGGUACUUUUGCCCAUUGGGCUGCAGUCAAGCUGGCCCUGGGCCUCCGGUCUGUCUGUCUGGGGGUGAGUUGCCCUGGACCUCCUGUCUGUCUGGGGGUGAGUUGCCCUGAAAGCCUCGUAGCUAACGUGGCAUGUUAUUUCUCUUGACAACCCUCCACAGUGACCAUUGAAAUAUCUACGUUUGACUGUCUGUAUUCUCCAGAGGAGGCUGGUGUGAGGAGCUAUAGGAGGACCGGCUCAUUGUAAUGGCUGGAAUGGAAUUAUGGAAUGGAGUCAAACAGGUGGUUUCCAUUUGACUCCAUUCCAUUAAUUCCAUGUCAGCAUUUACAAUAAGCCUGUCCUCCUAUAGCUCCUCCCACCAGCCUCCGCUGGUAUUUUAUCUGCGUUAAUGAACUAAAUUUGUCAAAUGAGCACUUUGCUGGUUGUUCUAUGAGUGGUGUGAGUCUGGGUCAUCAAGAGGACUGAGGUACCACGUUCACAACACAUCUUUUUUAGAAACCCUCCCCCUGACUGGUAACAGACUCCUGUGUAGGGAGACAUGGUUACCGUGUUAUCUAGAACCAGGAGAACGGAGCUGAUUCCUCAUUACGGGUUGGAACCGGUUCAGGGAACAGAACUGAAAAGCCGGAAAAUAACGUCAUUUUUCAAGUAGCAGAAACGGAACCUGGAACGAAAGUGAUCCAUAGAACCAUUAUUUUAAAAGCAUGGGAACCGGUUAAUAACGUUCUUUUACAUUCCAGGCGUUUCUACUCUCACAAAAAACGCAACAAAGUGCCUAGGCAAAGCCCCCACUCUGUCAUUCAGAAACAUAUUCCAGUAUCUGCCUGCAAGCUGAAAAUCUUUACCAGUGUGUGUGCAUGUUUAGGCUACCUUUUGAUGCUAGUUAAGGAUACUAUAGGCAUAGUUAUCACGUUUCACAUUGGGUUUAUUAACUACAAAAAGGUAAGACGUGUUUUUUAAGUCUGGUGCCGCUCUGCACAAACUAGCUUGUUGGCUAGCAAGGUCAAAGGACAUUAAAAGUUCCUCCGUAGAAGCCACUCCUCCUAGGUAUAAUUCUGUGGACAUAAAUCAGGUAAGGCAUGUCAUAACGAUGCCCAGCGCUUCAAGCGUCCUCCUCAACCCUCUUGUUCUCUCCCCACCCGCAAAAUGUCAGUCGCAUCUUGCGCCAUAGGCUACACUUGUUUGUCCAUCACGCAAGCUUGCCUGCUCUAUCCGGACUGAUUGGUGAAGUAAUUUAAUCAGCUAAAUGUAAAAAAAAUAAAAAUAUUUUAAAGGUUAAAAAGGAACAGAAAGGAACGUUAUAAACCGGUGCUUUGGUUUGAACCGGUUCUGAACUUUAUUUUGCUGGUCGAAACAGUGGAACAUAACUUUUUUUUUCUGUUCAGAACUAAACGAUUUGGAAAAAUAAUUUUGGUUCCAACCCCUGGUCUUUAUACUGUAUGGCUGAUAUAGGAUCAAUGAUGAAGUGAUUAAAAUAAAAUACAAGUUAAAUUUCUUUGGUUGGUUGAAUAUAAUCUUGCAUUGGAUCACAUUUGUGCUGUAAAGACUAUGAAGGAUUAUUAAAUAGUACCUAUGUGAAACGUA